AUGACAAAACUGCAAAUGGGCAGCCCCAAAGAGAGGAGGAACAAGCUGGAAAGUCGACAGGAGGAAGCCGCGUGUGGACCGGGUGCUCCCCACUCUGGGGGCUCCAGCGUACCAGGACUGGGUGCUCCCCACUCUGGGGGCUCUGGAGUGCCAGGACCAGGAGCUCCUGGGGCAGGAUCCGUCCCUCCGCGGCGGGGAGGGUGCGGGAGGCAGGCUGGGCUCAGCCCGGGACAGUGCCGAUCCUAG